AUGGCCCUCAUCUAUUAUGUCACGAACUACGCGACCAAGGUAGAGGACCCGGUGUGGAAGCGUGUGGCGGCCGCGGCCGAGCUCCUGGCCGCCUUAACAGGUGAUGGCACGGCCAACGGAGGGCGGGACGGUGGCGGAGACGCUGCCACCGAUGACCCUGUCAAGGGGAACAGGACGCGACAGUUCCUAAUAAGAGUGGCGAACCGCGUGUUCAUGGAGCGUCCGCUAUCACAGGUCGAGGUCGUCGCUCACCUUCUCGGAUAUCCGGCCGAGUUCACCGACAGCAGCGCGUGGGCGUACCUAAACUGUUCUCUGCUAUACUGGGAAGUCUUUCGGCGAUGGCGGCAUCUCCGAGAAGCCAGUGGCGCUGCGGCUAUGGAUAACACCUUGGAUGAGUCGGUGCUCAGGCGGCCGGGCAAGCACGCUACCGUCUGCCUCGACGGCUACCUGAGCAAGGACUUCACCUACGAUGACGAGUCGUGCUACCGGAGGGCAGCCGUGCAGCAUCUUGCGCUGUUCGUGCCGUGGGAGUCCUUCCUAGGCGAAGGAAUAGGUGAGAUCAACAGCAUCUGGGCGCGGGCUCGAGACGCUCUGGCCCCGAGAAUAUCAUGUCUCGUCGACAACGUGCAGCUGCUUCGACGAUCCGCCGAAGACGCAAAACGCGACGCCAAGCAAUGGGCAGCCUCGUCCGGCGAUGGCGACCCGACGGUCGCACACGUCGAGGAGGGUGGAGCAGGCGAGGCGGGCGCGGAGUCUGCAGCGACAUAUCAGCCCAACAGCAUCGGAGACGCAACGCGGCUCAUCGACGUCGUCCGAGGUGCAGUGGGAGCGAAUCAGGUGACGGCCAAGUCGCCGGAGCUCAUGGCAAUGAUACAGCAGCUCUAUCGGUUUCAGCAAUCGGCGCUGCGCUCGACGGCCGAGCUCGAGGCCACGGCGCUGAUCGAACGAGGGAGGCGGUUAAGCAUGCCAGGGCGGGUAUUUUCCGGGCCGCACUACCGCCGCAGGAUCAGGUCAAGGCUAUCAAGUCGCAGCAGCGCUGCGAAGGGUGAUGACCGGUUUCGGGAGGACGAGGUCGAAAUAACGAUGGCCGACUCCGACGAGACCGCUAUCGACGCAGGGGCGGGAAUGGACGUUCAGUUUGGCCCAUCAACCUCCUUCCUCGCGGCGGGCAAGGUGUUGGCAACACGGCUGACGCUGAACAAGAGGCAGUCCAUCGCUUUUCUGAUAAUAUGCCGCCAGCUCGAUUUGAUGCAGCAGACCGACGGGGCGAUGCCUGCCAGCUGCGCCAGUUCGUCGGUGGCGAGGGCGGCGGAGCGGUUCAUCCACGGCCAGUCUCGAAUGGAUUGGCAGGAGAAGGAUGUGCUCGUCAUCGACGAGGUGAGCAUGCUCGGGGCGCGGACGCUGCACGCCGUGAACGAGCGGCUUCGCCGGCUUCGCGGAUCGCGGCAAGAUUUCGGGGGGAUCCCCAUCGUCCUCUUCUGCGGAGAUUUUCAGCAGUUCCGGCCGGUCCAAGAGAGGUCGAUCGUCCUGCCUAGCGCGGCCAUCUCGUGGGACGUAGACAACUCGUUCAAGGCCGAGCAGCGUCACCAGCACGACAAAGCGCACGCACUGUGGAAGAGGUUCACGACGGUCGUCAUGCUGGACGAGCAGAUGCGCGCCGCCGGCGACCCGGAGCUGCAGAGGCUGCUGAAGCGGAUCCGUCUAGGCGUGCAGGAUCGGACGGAUCUAAACCUCCUCAACUCAAGGAAUCGGUGGAACCUGAACAUGGAGGCGAGCCUGGCGUUCCGGGUCCAGCAGCGGUCGACGAUGCGCAUUUUCAUCUCCGAGCACAAGUGGAAGGAGGAGCUGCCGACGGAGGAAGAGGCGAUCAUGAUACUCAACCAGGGCGACGAUAGCGCGAUCCCGGUGCCGGCCGUCUUCAUGUUCGUGGCCGGGAUGCCCAUCGUCGUGAACCACAACACCCACCAGGGGCUGAAGCUAGUGAACGGCGCGAGCUACUCGGCGGUGGAGGUCAUUGUCGACAAGGCGUACCCGGGGCAUCGGAUCUCGGCCGAUAUGACGAUCCACUUCGGGCCGCCGGCGGGGAUCAUUCUCGAAUCGGAGACGACGAGAUAUCUCCACUUCUGCCAGCGAAAAAGGCCGUGGCAACGCAACGACGUCAGCCGAAAGGGUUUGCCGUGCGCAGCAGCGUUCGCGUGCACGGACUACAAGGUGCAGGGCAAAACGCUGGAGCGCGUGGCCCUCGAGCUGCGAGGACACGGACGACGAAGAUGGAUGGAACGGUGGUGCCCUCGCAACGGCAUCAUGCUCGUGUCCAAGGUGCGGGACAGAGACUUGGUGGGCAACCGGGUCCCCGAGGAGAUGACUGCCGCACAGGCCAGGCUCGAGGUACUGAGCGAGAGGACCGUUGAGGAGGCGUUGCGCUGGCUGGACGGUGAUGCUGAAGAGUCAAGGCGGCCGGGCUAG